AUGGUGAGACGAAUCGGCUGGGGGAGGAGCCGGGGGCAGUUGGGGUGCUGGGGAGACUCUGGCUCAGUGCCCCUGAUCCCCCUGCCCCCGCCCCCUCUCCCUCCUCUUUGCAGGGGACCGGGGGCGGGGAGGGUCUCCAUCUUCUCUCUGUCUUCUGCUCCCCACGUGAGAAAUACCUCUUCCUCCCUUCCCACUCAGUCCCUGGGGUCCCCCUGCCCAGCUGUGCAGGCCCCAGGGGUUUCUCAGCCUCCAUCCAGUGUCCCCCCCACUCCAGCCACCCCACCAGGGCAGGGGAGACUGGUGAUGUCCCCCAUCUCUGCCCCCUCCUGGGGCUCCCACCCUGUUCCUCCACUGGCCUUGGUGACCUCUCCACCCUCACGCCAGUACCCCCAGGACCCCCCUGGGCUGCGAAUAGGCCCAUUGAUCCCUGAGCAGGACUAUGAGCGGCUGGGGGACUGUGACCCUGAGGGGUCCCAGGAGUCCCCCAUCCACGGGGAGGAGCAGCCUCUUCUUCAUGUGCCUGAGGGACUACGAGGCUCCUGGCACCACAUUCAGAACCUGGAUACCUUCUUCACCAAGAUCUACAGCUACCACCAGAGGGACGGCUUUAUCUGCAUCCUGCUAGAGGACCUAUUCCAACUGGGGCAGUUUGCCUUCAUUGUCACCUUCACCACCUUCCUCCUGCGUUGUGUGGAUUACAACAUCCUCUUUGCCAACCAGCCAAUUAAUCGCACACGGAACAGCAAGGUCACCUUACGAGAUGCCAUCCUACCCUCUGUACAGUGUGCCCAACGGAUUCACUCCAGCCCGUGGCUGCUCUUCCUUCUCAUCCUGGCUGCUGCCUUCGGCCUGGUCCAGUUACUUCGAUCCAUUUGCAAUCUCUUCAGCUUCUGGGACAUCAGGGUGUUUUAUAGGGAAGCCCUACACAUCACUCCAGAGGAGCUGAGCACUGUGUCCUGGGCCGAGGUGCAAUCCCGCCUGCUGGCGCUGCAAAGAAGUGGGGGGUUGUGUGUGCAGCCGCGGCCGCUGACAGAGCUGGACGUCCACCACCGCAUCCUGCGCUAUACCAACUACCAGGUGGCGCUGGCCAACAAGGGCCUGCUGCCCGCCCGCUGCGCGCUGCCCUGGGGUGGAGGCCUGGCCUUCCUGAGCCGGGGCCUGGCGCUCAAUGUCGACUUGCUCCUCUUUCGGGGCCCCUUCUCGCUUUUCCGCGGCGGCUGGGGCCUGCCCGAGGCCUACAAGCGCAGAGACCAGCGGGCCCUGCUGGCUGCGCGCUGGCGACGCCGGGUACUGCUGCUGGCCGCCGUCAACCUGGCGCUGAGCCCACUGGUGCUGGCCUGGCAGGUCUUGCACGCCUUCUACAGCCAUGUGGAGCUGCUGCGGCGCCAGCCCGGGGCGCUGGGCGCGCGUCGCUGGUCCCGCCUGGCCCGCUUGCAGCUGCGCCACUUUAACGAGCUGCCGCACGAACUCCGCGCGCGCUUGGCCCGUGCCUACCGGCCGGCCUCGGCCUUCCUGCGCGCCGCCGCGCCGCCCGCGCCCUUGCUGGCGCUGCUCUGCCGCCAGCUCGUCUUCUUCGCGGGCGCGCUCUUCGCCGCGCUGCUCGUCCUCACCGUCUACGACGAGGACGUCCUGGCCGUGGAGCAUGUGCUCACCACCAUGACCGCGCUCGGCGUGGUGGCCACCGUGGCCAGAUCUUUUAUUCCGGACGAGCAAUGCCAGGGCCGGUCCCCGAAGUUGCUGCUGCAGGCAGCCCUGGCUCAUAUGCACUACCUGCCCGAGGAGCCCGGCCCGGCCGGCAAGACCAGCGCCUACCGCCAGAUGGCACGGCUGCUGCAGUACCGCGCGGUGGCCCUUUUGGAGGAGCUACUGUCUCCGCUGCUCACCCCGUUGUUUCUGCUCUUCUGGUUCUGCCCGCGUGCCCUGGAGUUCAUCGACUUUUUCCACCACUUCACUGUGGACGUGGCAGGGGUCGGCGACAUAUGCUCUUUUGCCCUGAUGGAUGUGAAGCGCCAUGGCCACCCUCAGUGGCUGUCGGCAGGACAGACUGAAGCCUCACUGGCUCAGCGAGCUGAGGAUGGCAAGACCGAGCUCUCCUUGAUGAGAUUCUCCCUGGUGCACCCCCAGUGGCGUCCCCCAGGACACAGUUCCAAAUUCCUGGGGCGUCUCCGGGGCCGGGUUCAGCAAGAUGCAGCUGCUUGGGGGGCAACCUCCAUUCGAAGUCCCCCGACCCCAGGGGUGCUAAGUGACUCUUCCUCCCCAUUGCCUGAGACCUUCCUGGCCAACCUCCUGGUGCACCCCCUCUUGCCCCCACGAGACCUGAGCCCCACAACCCCUUGCCCCGCUGCAGCCACUGCCAGCCUCCUGGCCUCUAUUUCCCGUAUUGCCCAGGACCCGAGCUGUGUGUCCCCAGGUGGCACUGGGAGCCCAAAGUUGGCCCAGCUGCCUGAGUUGGCCUCUGCAGAGAUGAGCCUCCAGGCCAUCUACUUGCACCAGCUCCAUCAACAGCAGCAGCAGCAAGAAUUGUGGGGCGAGGCUUCAGCUUCAUCCCUGCCACGGCCCUGGUCCAGCCCCUCACACACACUGUCGCCUGAUGAGGAGAAGCCAUCCUGGUCCAGUGAUGGCUCCAGCCCUGCAUCCAGUCCCCGGCAGCAAUGGAGAGCGCAGAAAGCGCAGGCUCUCUUCCCUGGGCCCACAGACACCUGUGAGCCAGGCCAUGCCCCCAGCACUAACUGAGAGGGCCUCAUGAGAGGUGCUUUAGAGCCUCCUUCUGGGACCCUCCCGUGGAAACUAGAUACUGACCAGCUACAGAGUACAAAUAAAGGGGAGGAAGUGAGGUGUCAAAAGCAUCUGGAAAUGAGUCUUAGCAUGAU